AUGAAGCUGCAGCAGUACAUCCAGAGCUUUUAUGCACCGCUCGCGGCGGAAGAUUCCUACGCGCUCCUACGACUCCUUGCGCUCCGAAACAAGACAGCUCGGGGCUUGUCAGAUUCUGUUGGACCCAUCGAUGAGAGAAGACUGGCGAACCCACCACAUAAUCUGCCAGAACCGUGGGACGGGAUAGCGCUCCGACACUGCGCUUGUGUGGCCGCGCUGUACAGAAACAGCUAUCAAGAAGCAUACACCCACCAGUCUCAGGUGCUCUCGCUCUUCUAUCGAUGGCUGCCUGAUCAGUCCGCAUGGUGCCUCCCAGUGCUCUAUCUUCUUCUAGGAGACCUUAGGGACUUAGCUGAGCAGGCCGAUCAGGGCACUUUCGCUGCGACUGGCAAGAUGCCGGCCCUGGAGGAAUGUACGCGUACAGUCAGCAAGGCGUUCUCAAUGUGCGCAACGGAUAGAACGUUCAAAGGAUCAGAAUCCCGGCGAGUCGGCAUAUAUCACGUUGCCUGCUUGAGUCUGAAGUGCUACUUCAAGGUCGGCAAGCCAAAUCUUUGCAAGAACAUCAUCAGAGCGGUGACCUCGGAUCCGAAGACUCCUCCAAUACACGAUGCACCAUUACCGGAUCAGGUGACAUGGCAUUUCUAUAUUGGGAUGCUGGCCUUUUUGAGCGGGGACGAUACAAAGGCUAGCGAAGAACUCGGCUGGGCUCUGGAGCACUGUCCAGCAGAACCAGCGCGAAAUAUCGAGCUCAUCCUCACCUAUCUCAUCCCCCUCCGCCUCCUCGCUGCCCAAUUCCCACAUCCUACCCUCCUCGCCCACUUCCCUCGAUUACACGAAACCUACUCACCCUUCAUCGCUGCGACCCGGUCGGGCAAUGUCAGGGCGUACGAUGAGCGGCUGGAAUGGGCCCAGCCGAGGUUGGUAGGUAUGAGCACUUACUUGACUGUGGAGAGGGCGCGGGAGGGGUGUCUGAGGGUGUUGUUCAGGAAAGCGUGGAUUGCAAGCGACAAGUCAUCGAGAAUACCGCUGUCGACCUUCCGGACAGCUCUGGAAUUACAUGGUGUCGAGGUCGACGCGGAUGAAGUGGAGUGUAUGGUCGCGAACAUGAUCUCUCGGGGGUUCAUGAAGGGCUAUAUAUCGCACGAGAAGCAGAUGGUGGUCUUGGCAAAGACUAGCCCAUUUCCGUCGACUCGGCCAUAA